AUGGCCCCAAACACCGCCAUUUCUGCCCAAGGACCUUCAACCAUCAUCGACUGGACUCAACUUCUCAAUGAAGAAGCCAACGAAUGGACCGGUAAGGCACCAAAGAAGACAUCUAGAAAGAAUAACUCCAGUGCUCCCUAUCCUGCCUCUGAUCCGUCUGCUACUAUGGUCAAGAAUAGAAGUCAGAACAUCACCAACGUCGGUAAACCCAAACGGACCAGAAAAUCAGCUGAGAAACCAAAGGAACCAGUCAAUGAACCCGAGAAGAUCGUUCCAGAAGAACCAGAAGCUCCAGAAUUUCCUGAGAAGAAGAAGAAGAUCAAGAGGAUUCCAAUCCCCAAGAACGAGACGGCGGCCGACAUGAUGCUUCGAGCUUUUGAUCUUCCAGACGACGACAGCGACGCCCGAGGUCUACUGAUGUUCGGCAUUUACCCCAGCAAAUAUUUUUAUUAA